AGUCACACAAUUCCUGCCUUUCAUUCUGAUUCACUUUGAAACUGCUUCUUCAUGUUCAUUUUUUUCUAUUUUAAAUCUCUUCUCCUCCACUCUGGAGGUAAAUCUCACCUUCAGCUUGGCCAACUCUUUUCCAGUUGUGCCUUCUGUUCCCUCUCCUGUGGCUGACCACCCCAAUUUUCAUACAGCAAUUCAUUCCUGGCAGUUCAUUCCAACACAUCAAAUGGAACUUGGCUGUUACCAGCUGACCCAGUGAGAGGUUUCUCAUCUUCCUGGACAGGAAAAUGACAAAUAUUGGGAAGAAGUUGAAGCUCAGGUUAAUACCCUUGUCAAGAGGAGGGUUAUAUUUUUAAGGAAAAACCAAAAGUGCAGAAAUCUCAUCCUGAAUUUCUCCAUCAAUGUUUGUCUCUCCUGACAAGGAAGUUCUUUCUGGAGUGGUGGUCAUAACCAGUAAGGACACGGUGCAGCACCAAGGGAUCUCCUUAACCAUGGAGGGCUCAGUAAAUCUGCAGCUCAGUGCCAAAAAUGUGGGUGUGUUUGAGGCCUUCUGCAACACUGCCAAGCCUAUUCAGAUUAUCAACAGCACCAUUGAAAUGGUGAAACCAGGGAAGCUCCCCAGUGGAAAGACAGAAAUUCCCUUUGAAUUCCCACUGCAAAUGAAGGGCAACAAAGUUCUGUAUGAGACAUACCACGGAGUCUUUGUCAAUAUCCAGUACACCCUGCGCUGUGACAUGAGACGUUCCCUGCUGGCAAAGGACCUGACCAAGACUUGUGAGUUCAUUGUCCACUCCCUGUCACAGAAAGGGAAGCUGCUGCCGAGCCCUGUGGAUUUCACCAUUACUCCUGAAACUCUGCAAAAUGUUAAAGAGAGAGCCUCCCUUCCCAAAUUCCUGAUCAGAGGGCACCUGAACUCCACCAACUGUGUGAUCACACAGCCUCUGACGGGGGAGCUGGUGGUGGAGAGCGCCGAGGCGGCCGUCAAGAGCAUCGAGCUGCAGCUCGUGCGUGUGGAGACCUGUGGGUGUGCUGAGGGCUAUGCCAGGGAUGCCACAGAGAUCCAGAACAUCCAGAUCGCCGACGGCGACGUCUGCAGGGGCCUCCCCAUCCCCAUCCACAUGGUGUUCCCCAGGCUCUUCACCUGCCCCACCCUGGAAACAACCAACUUCAAAGUGGAGUUUGAAGUGAACAUCGUGGUCCUGCUGCACGACGACCAUCUCAUCACAGAGAACUUCCCCCUGAAGCUCUGCAGGAUGUGAACCACACUCACUGGAGAAGCAGGGAAGGAUUUACUGGGAAUUCCUCUGAGGGAAAAUGGAAUUUAUCCAUACCUGACUUCAGCUGGAGCCACCUCCCUUCCUUAUUCCUGUGGGCACUUCCCUGUUAACCUGGCCACGACUUUGCCUCUCUGCAUUUCCCAAUCCUGCUGCCUUCACCAAAUCAUUCCCAAUUUCUCUCAGGCAGAUCCUGAAGGAAUCAUUCUGUAGCUUUCUACAGCUUGUAGAAGGAUGUAGCAAGUUCCUCCCUUGCUUUAAUGCUUGUUCCAAAGUCCUUUGAAACUCAUGAAUCCCACUACAGCCAUAACUGGGAGGGUAUGGGAAUUGUGAUUGGAAUGAGAAGUGAGGUCUUUGAAGGUCUAAAAAAUGGUGCUGCAACUCUGGAAGGUGUCCCAAGGUGGAUGGGAAAUGAGUGAUUUCAACUCCACACCAAGGAAGUUUUGGUCAAACUGGGAACAGGAGUUGGUGUUGGAGGAAGAAAUUAAUGUGCUUGUGACUGUACAGCUCAAAGGAAAAGUAAUUCAGUAAGAAAUAACCUUCCCAGCACAAACAGGUUGUGGAUUUUGAUGUUUUCAUGGAACAGCCCAACUUGUGAAUUUUUCUAUUAAUUUUUCAUAGGGGGUAGAGGCAGGAUCAAUCUGUAUUAUGGAAAUUGGAAGUGUCAAGAAGAGCAUCUAAAAAAGCAGAAUUAAGAAAACGAAGAAAAAUAAUUUCCUUUGGUUUAUCCAGCAGCACUGGCAAGCAGGAGAAUGUAAUUCCAGUUUUAGGAAGAAAAAGCUGAAAUUUUCAUUCCAGUGUCCGGGAAGGAGGAAGAAAAUGCUAUUUACUGAAACUUAGCACUUUUCCCCUGAGAUCAGGAACAGUACAGGGGGAUUUGGGGAAAAGCUGCAGCCCCCAGAAAUACUGGAAGCUGAAAGGGAUUCCAGUGCUGGCAUUCUUAGGCCUCGAUUCUAAGCACAGAGUAGUUCCUCACCCCUCAGACUGAGCAGAAAUACUACACAAAAACAACCCCUUUGGCUGCAGCAGUAACUUUAUUUUUUUUUAAUUCAAGUGGGAAUUAAUACACAGAUCAACAAGAGAGGAAUUUAAAACAUGUAGCAACGUGGGGAACAAGUGAUCCCUGGAAUUAGCCAAGAGCUCCUAAUCCAUGUGAUGCUCCCUGGAUUCAGACAACAGAAUAUCUGAGUUUCACUUUAAGAUUCUCAGGCUUUGGUUCUCACCUUUUGGCUGUCUGGGACAAAUUUGUCAGUGUUGAAGGUGCUCUGGCCACUUCAGGCUCAGAAAACAGUGGGAGAAAAAUUCCCUGAGCUGCUGGAAUUCUGCCCCUCCUGCUACUGGUGACCAUUCCUGCACAAAAUACAGAGGAAGCAUCACUUAAGAAUCCCUUAAAAAAGCCCUUUAAAAAAAUCCUCCCCAUUUAAACAGACCAACUCUUCAACAAGGGGGGAAAUUCAAAUUUCAACACUAUUUUGAGAUUAAAGAAUUGACGCAUAUGAGUAAUUUAAAAUUCUUGCUUCAAAAUGUGACUAAAAGUCAUUAUUUAAACAAUUUGAAUUCUCAGCUGUGGAUUUAUGCAGAGACAGGGGCUACAAAGACCACCCCAGGCUUGAAUCCUGAACUGUUUAUGCCAGAGGAAGGGAGUGUCUUGGUUUCUCUCCAAUUCUGUUGGUCCAUCCUUUGGGUCACCUACUUGUUUGAUGUUGGAAUAAAUCUGAGGGAAAAGCCCCCUCGUGACAGGAAUUGUGCCCUGGCCUUUCAGAUAAAAGAAUUUGGUAAUUCAGUGUCCCUUGGCCAGAAAUCCACCAGGAUUGUGUGCUGCCUGCCCUGAGCUCCACAGCUUUAGGCAGGAACCAGGAGAAAUCCUGGAUCUCGGAGUCAAAUCCCGAGGCUGCUCCCAUGGCCAAUAAACCCAGGGUUCUGUCCUGUCCCCCAGCACUGGGGUUGGGCUGCAGCCCCUUUGCAUCUUUAAUUAUAAAGUGUGGAGGUAAAAGCAGGUUCAGCUGUACUUGUUCCAUGCAGGAAGCUCAGGGAAAUCCUCGGGAAGCAGAGCGUGGACCCGGCAGAUGGGGCAGGUGCUGGAAUGCUGCUUGAGCCACGUUCGGAUGCACUGCGGGGACAGGGAGAGGGUCAGAGGCAAAAUAUGGGGGAGAAGAGUCCAGCUGGAGGCUGAAAAUUAUUGGGACUAAAGGGGAAGCUCUUCAACAAGUACUACACCACUGAAAUCUCAGGCUGGAGAACUGUUCUCUUCCUCAAAUUUAUUCAGCGAGAACAAUUCAGGAUUAAAACAAAACAGGUAAAGGGGAAAAGUCACAGACAGAAAUGUGAAGUUAUUCCAGCAUAAUCCUGGCUUUUUUACUUAAUGAAUUUCUACUAUCAGGAGGCAAAUAGAAAAUUUCCAGGGAUAACCCAUUCCCUGAGUGUGCUUCCAGCAAUCCCAACCAAAUUCAUUCUCUAAAGAAUCAUCUGAAAUCCACU